GUCAAAGUAAAAUUCGUCUCUUUCAAAGCUGACUAUAGACAAGUCUACACCUCUCUCUCUCUCUCUAAAAGAACCUUCUCUGAGUUCUCUCAUUACAACUUCGUCUUCGUCUCUGAAUUCAAAUUGUCUAAAUUCUCUCCUGCAAACUUCAACACUUUCCUUAUACUUUUCUAACAUCGUCCAAAUUUCACUACACAGACAUCAAAAUAUAUCCUUUAUUUGUCUCUGCCAUUGAUAUUUGAUUAAGGUUUACAGUCAUAAGCAAGAUGGCGGGCCGUUACGAUAGCAACCCUUUUGAUGAAGAAGAGGAAGUUAAUCCUUUUGCUGAUGGAGGGAGAAAAGGAACGACAGGCGGAGAAUCAAAGUUUAGUGGAGGCUCAUUUUAUACAACGACUACUGGGAGUGCUCCUUCCGCUACAAAGUCAAGGCUUUCACCCCUUCCUCCGGAGCCUGCUGAUUUCUACAAUCCUACAGCCCCAGUUGAUAUUCCUCUCGAUAAUACUUCGAAAGAGAGAGAGCUCCAGGCAAGAGAAGCUGAAUUGAAAAGGAGAGAACAGGAAAUAAGGCGGAGAGAAGAGGCCGUUGCCCGAGCUGGCAUUGUUCUUGAGGAGAAAAAUUGGCCUCCAUUUUUUCCUAUUAUUCACCAUGAUAUUGCAAAUGAAAUACCAAUUCAUCUUCAAAGGCUUCAAUAUGUUGCAUUCACAACCUUCUUAGGACUUUCUUUUACACUUCUCUGGAAUGUUAUAGCUGUGACUUCUGCAUGGAUUAAAGGGGAAAAUGUGAGGAUUUGGUUUCUUGCAAUAAUCUACUUCAUAUCUGGGGUACCAGGAGCCUAUGUGUUAUGGUAUCGUCCACUCUACAGAGCUUUCAGGAAAGAAAGUGCUCUCAAGUUUGGAUGGUUUUUCCUGUUUUACUUGCUUCACAUCGGAUUUUGCAUCGUUGCUGCGAUUGCGCCCCCUUUUGUUUUCAAAGGAAAAUCUUUUGCAGGUAUCUUGUCGGCCAUAGAUCUCAUAGGCGACCAAGUUCUGGUUGGGGUGUUCUACUUCAUUGGUUUUGGAUUGUUCUGCUUUGAGACUGUUCUGAGCCUUUGGGUUAUACAGCAAGUAUAUAUGUACUUCCGAGGCAGUGGCGAAGCAGCAGCGAUGAAACGAGAAGGUGCCAGAGGAGCCGGGAGAGCAGCAAUAUAAUUCAGGAAAAUCGACACUUAUACUUGAACUACUUAUUCCAUGAAUGGAAGAGACAGCUCCUUUAUUUGUAAUAAAAAUUCAAACCAUUUGUGAGAUACAUACACUGUGUUAGAACUUAGAAACAACUUCGACAUUUCUGUAAAUUUAUUAUAGUAUUUCUUUUUAUUCUUUCUUUCUUUCUCCGUCAACUUGGCCGAAUUUUUCUUAUACUCCCUCCCUCAUAUUUAUGUAUACUUUUUCUUUUUGAUGCGUUCUCUAAAUUUAUGCACAUCUUAUAUAUUUUUGGACACUAAUUCAGACAUAUUUUUUAUAAUUUUAUUCUUAUAACUUAUCCCAUACAUAAUUAUUGAAGUUAUUCUAAACAACUUUUCAUUAAAAGUGGUGAGGAAGCAGCUAUGCAUAUUUAUGGUGAGUGAAGUAUAAAAAAAGAAGUAAAAAACAAGCAAGAAAAUAGAGUUAGUGAAAUAGCGAUAUUAUAUAGGGUAGAUAGAUCAUAGAGAAAACUAUGAAGCCCUAAAUUCACUGCAUAAGGUUUGUGACAUGCAAAUGCAACAAAAUCAAAGCAGCAAAUAUACAGUGGAAUUGGAAUAUGAUAUGAGUCCAACUACGGCUUAUAUGUAUAUAUAGAUGAGUAGGGCGUUGGCAACAAGUAAAUCCGGUGACCAACUAUUUAUACAUAUUGUAUAUAUAUAUAGAGAGAGGGGAGAGACAUAAUCUCCUCAUCAACAGAAAGCAGUGCACUUCUUCUUGCAAUCGAUGGUGCAGCCGCCGCCUCCGCCGCCGUAGCCAUAUCCCUUCCCGGAGCCUCCGUAGGAGCUGAAACACUUGGCCGGACAGGUGAGCUUCUUCUUGUAGCAGGGGCCCUUGUCACUGCAGACGACGGUGGGGCGCACGACGCCAUGCGUGGAACGGCCUCCGGUGGGGCCGCCGUAGCCGCCUCCAUAGCCUCCAUAGCCUCCGCCGUAGCCGGGUAUGCCGGGUAUGCCGAAGCCGGAUCCCGGGCCCAUGAAACCUCCCGCCUGAUCCUUAGACGAGGGGUCUUGUCGUGCUGCGAAGGCCGCGAUGAGCCAAAGAGACAAGAUGAGAAGGAGAAAAGUUGAUUUCAUGGUGGGAAGAAUUUGUGUGU